UCUUACCGAUAGUUGCAUCUCUAACAAAAAUACAAAACAAAACCUACAGUGAUAUUUGUUGAUUAUUCAUAAUUGGUCUUAAACACUGCCACUUAAACAUUUACUAUGUCCUAUUUGGCCAAUUUCAACAACGAGAGUGCCAAGCAAAUACUCAUGGACAUUAUACGAUGUGUCAAUCAGCCUGAAAACUCCAAGAAACUCUCAGAAGCAAAGGCAUCCGCUGGGAAAGAGAUGAUUCUCAUGAUGCAGCACGUAUUUCCAUUAGUAAUGCAACUACAAUUGGAGGUCAUCAAGGGUCAUGGUUUUCCUGGAAACCGGGAGGGAUUAGUCCAGUUUUCUCAACUCAUCAGGGAAAUGGAGCGGGACGACAUGGAAAUUGCACGCCUGCGCAGUCAGAUCCGAGCUAUAUACCUGCCUCCCAUAGCUAUAAAUACCACAAACGAUAUUCUAAUCUAAGCGGGGGUAUAUCUCCCAAACCAGACUGUAAAACUGGCCUGCUUCUCGGGUUUUGCAAUAUAUUAAUUUAGCCUGUAAAUGUUUUUAUCCCAAAAAUGUGGAAUAUCAUUUUCACUCAGUAUUUUUUUAAUUUAGGCUAGUUUUUAUUUUAGAAUAAUCAAAACAAGAACCAAAUCUUUUUACUCAAUAAAUUUCUUUUGACAAAAAAAAAAA